AUGGCUUCUUCUUCUCAUUCUGCUCACAUUAAGAGAUUUCAUGUGUUCCCGAGCUUCCACGGCGCAGAUGUCCGUAGAGCGUUUCUCAGUCAUUUACACAAUUACUUUGCAAACAAAGGGAUCACGACGUUCAAAGAUCAGGAGAUCGAGAGAGGCCACACCAUCGGACCUGAGCUCGUGAAAGCCAUUAGAGAAUCCAGAAUCUCCAUCGUUUUGCUCUCUAAGAACUACGCUUCUUCGAGCUGGUGUUUAGAUGAAUUGGUUGAAAUCUUAAAGUGCAAAGAAGAUUCUGAGCAGAUCGUGAUGACUAUUUUUUACAAUGUUGAUCCGUCCAGUGUCCGAAAACAGAAGGGAGAUUUUGGGAGCGCUUUCAUCAAAACUUGUGAAGGGAAAACUGAGGACGUGAAGCAGAGAUGGAGCAAAGCUUUGACCGAUGUUGCAAACAUUGAAGGAGAACAUUUUCUCAAUUGGGCUAACGAAGCAGAUAUGAUCACAAAGAUUACUAAAGAUGUUUCCAAGAAACUGAAUGUUACACUAUCAAGGGAUUUUGACGACAUGGUGGGACUGCAAACUCACUUGAGAAAAAUGAACUCUUUGUUAGGCCUCGAGCGUGAUGAUGAAGUGAAGAUGAUUGGCAUUUGGGGUCCUGCGGGGAAUCGUAAUUUGGAUGUCGGAAACGGGCUUAAGACCUUAGCCGUCAAAUCUCUUGUGAGAUUCGAAAGUCGAAUUGUCCCUUAUCAGGAUAUAGUGAUGCAUUCUUUACUAGAAAAAAUGGGUAGACAAGUAGUGCAUGAACAGUCUGACGAGCCUGGGAAACGUCAGUUUUUAGUAGAGCCCCAAGAGAUUUGUGAUGUACUAGCAAAUGAUACAGGCACUGGAUCUAUCGUAGGUAUCAUUCAAUACUUCCACGGUUGCACAGUUCUGUAUAACGAUCUAGAGAAGCUCUGGGAUGGAAUUCAGCUCCUUCCAAAUCUCAAGACGAUAAGUCUGGGAUUUUCUGAAAGGCUGAAAGAAAUCCCAAAUCUUUUGGAGGCUCCUAAUCUCGAGACAUUGACACUUAGGCAUUGCUCAAGUUUGGUGGAGCUUCCCUCCUCUAUUAGGAAUCUACACAAACUGAAAGAGUUGGAUAUGAGUGGCUGCAUAAAGCUAAGAGUUGUUCCCACUAACAUUAACCUUGCAUCUCUUGAGAGAGUCCACAUGAGUGGUUGCUCACUGUUAAGAACUUUUCCAGAUCUUUCUAGCAACAUCAAACAUCUUGAUGUAAGAGACACAAAGAUAAAAGAUGUUCCUGCAUCUGUUGCUGGACGUUGGUCGCGUUGUACGUGGCUUCAGAUAGGCAGCAAAAGCCUCAAGAGAUUAACACACCUCCCGCAAUGUGUGUAA